AUGGCGACUCAGAGCAGUCCACCACCUGGCUGGCCUUUAUCAAAUCCUCCUAGCAAACCCUUGCCUCCAGCUGCUCCUCAACCUUCAUAUAUGGCAGGUAGGCAUCCAAGAGAAAACGUAGACAGGUCACCACCACCACAAGCUCUCUAUGACAUGCCCAAGAGGAGGCCUCUAUCCUCUUCGCAAGGCAACUCAAUGGCAGGUUCCGCCCGACCGCCCGUGCCUCCGAAGCACCAGAAUUGGCAUGUGAGUCAGGACGAGGAGCCCAUACUGGAAAGAAAAGCGUCGUUCGAAACCGGCGACGAUGCUUUCAUGAGACAGCCUCUCCAAGAACAAUUACUUCAGCAAGCCCACCCGCAACGCGCCCCGCAAUCCCCUCAGCACGCUCAGCAGCAAUUUUCUCCCGAAGUUCCACAGCACAUUCCCCAGGAAGCCCCUCCGCAAGCCCCUCGACAUAUUCCGCAGCAGUUUCCUUCGCAAGCUCCUCAACACGCUUCGCAACAAGCGCCUCCUCAGGUUCCUCGACAUAUCCCACAGCAAGCGCCACAGCAACUUCCUCCACGUAUACCACAACCACAGGCACCGGCAUCUCAGCAGGAAUAUGAGCAAAGGCGGUCAAGGCGGAAAUCAAGCGGUCCAGUGCCUAUUACCCACUCACUUCCGUUGAGACCUAUGAUCACGACAGAACAGCAAGAGAACAUACAUCAGCCACAGUCUGGAAUUAUCUCAUCCGGCAACUCGGCAGGCUCCAGACAUGCGUCGGGUAGCAGCUUCGUCAACAUCACGGGUGCUGAAGAGCGAGAAGAGCAGUCCCCAGAACCCCUACAUUAUCACCAUCAGCUUUUCGACCCAGCCCACAACAGACGAAGAUCAGCAGGCAGUAACACCACUUCUCGAUCACAAGGCCGGCGUGUGUCUGGAGAUGCCCCCCCAGUGCCGACUCAUGGCAGGCGCGUAUCCGGAGAUUCCCUCCCUAUCCCAUCACACGGCCGCUUAACACCAGCGAGUGCUCAUUUGGGCGCACAUCUUUCGAGACCGGUGUCAUCCUACUCGUCAAUAUCUGACGGCGAUCCGCGGCGGACACUUUCACCAGGUAAUACAUCACAAGCACGGACACCCUCACCUUCACGGCUCUCGCCAGACUCGCGACCGAUGUCAUUCAUUGACCUCCUCAACGUCCCCUAUCCUCAACCACCUCCAGCUCCAACAAGUUUUGACAAUUCACAACUCCGAGAAUCUGUAGGGCAGAAUGCAACGCUUCUUAACACCAAGAAGACCCUGGAAAUGUACCGCGCCAACGUAAAGAAGACAAACGAUCCAACAAUCCAAUACGAAUUUGCGAUCUUCAUGGUCAACGCAGCAGCCGAAGCAGCCAACGAACCUCAAUCACCCAACCCAGACGCAGCGCUCCCCUCAUCCCCAGAACUUCUCCGCGAAGCCCGCAACAUCCUCCAAAAGCUUUCCGACCGCUCUUACCCCUUCGCCCAAUACUAUCUCGCUGACGGCUACGCCUCUGGUCUCUUCAACAAAGGUGUCGAAGACAACGACCGCGCCUUUAACCUCUUCGUCGCAGCUUCAAAGCAUGGUCACGCAGAAGCGGGCUACCGCGCAGCGCUCUGCUAUGAAUUCGGCUGGGGCUGCCGUAAAGACCCGACUAAAGCUGUACAGUUCUUUCGACAGUCAGCCUCCAAGAACCACCCGGGCGCAAUGUCCCGCCUCGGUCGCGCCUGUCUUGUUGGCGACCUUGGGCUUGGAAAUCGAUAUCGCGAGGGUUUCAAGUGGCUCAAGCGCGCCGCUGAGAGCGCAGACUUCCAAUAUAAUUCUGCACCCUACGAGCUCGGCUUGCUCCACGAGACCGGCUACGGUGACGACAUCUUUCGCGACGAAUCAUACGCUGCGCAGCUGUUCACACAAUCCGCUGACCUUGGGCACGUAGAGGCGAAUUAUCGCCUCGGUGACGCCUACGAGCAUGGAAAGCUGAGCUGCCCGCGAGAUCCAGCGCUGAGCGUGCACUUCUACACCGGUGCCGCGCAGCAAGGGCACCCGCUCGCUAUGAUGGCGCUGUGCGCGUGGUACAUGGUCGGUGCGGAGCCUGUGCUUGACAAGGAUGAGAACGAGGCUUGUGAGUGGGCUCGACGUGCUGCUGAGACGGGUGAGUCCCCCCAUGUCGUUUCCCCUUCCUUUUCUCCCUCCCUUCUCUUCCCUCCUUACGACCUCCCCACGAACCCUACUCUGACAUCCAAACCAGGCCUAACGAAAGCCCAAUACGCCCUCGGCUACUUCACCGAAAUGGGGAUCGGAUGUCGCCGCGAUCCGCUCGAGGCAAACGUCUGGUAUGUUCGUGCCGCGGACCAGGGUGAUGAUAGAGCGAAGCAAAGGAUCGCUGCUAUUCGUGCUGCGGCGAGUGGAGGCCCUGCGCAGUCUGGCGCGGGGGGCAUGGGUGAAAGUAAUGCUGCAGCUGCUGGGGUUAGGAAGGGGAGCAGUAGCGGUGCUGGUGGUGGAGGUGGAGUUAAAGAGGGGGCAGGUGGGGGAGGGAAGGAGGAGAAGGGGGGGAAGAAGAGGUGGGGGCUAUUUUAA